AUGGCGAACCAGCAGCAUCGGUCCUCCAUCGCCAUGGACCGGGAGCUGUUCCGGACGGUGCGGCAGGCGGCGCUGAACCACGCGAGGCUGCUAUACCACCGCCUAGUCAGCCGCCUUCCGCACCUCCUCGCCGUCACGUUCCUGGUGGCCGCGGCCCAGCUCGUGCCGAUGCCGCCGUCGCCGUCCGCGCCGCUGCCGCCCGUCGGGGCGCUCCUGCGGGAGGCGGCGGCGCGCGCCCGCGCCGACGCGGGCCUCGUGGCCGCGGCGCUGGCUGGGGUGGCGGCGUGCGCGUGCGUGUGCGCGUACGCGUACGCCGCGUCGCGCCCGCGGCCCGUGUACCUGGUGGACCUGGCCGCGUACCGCCCCGGCCCCGCGCACCGGGCCACCCGCGCCGAAUCCAUCCGCCACUUCGCGCAGGCGGGGCGGUUCACGGACGACAGCGUGGCGUUCCAGACGCGGAUGCUGGAGCGCGCGGGCGUCGGGGACGCCACCCACUUCCCGGCCUCCAUCCUCGGCGUCCCCGUUGACAUGAGCCUCCGCGCCGCCAGGGAGGAGUCCGAGGCCGUCGUCUUCGGCGUCGUUGACGACCUCCUGCGCACCACCGGCGUGCGCGCGGCGGACGUCGGCGUCGUCAUCGUCAACUCCAGCCUGUUCAGCCCCACGCCGUCCUUCACGUCGCUGCUCGUCAACCGCUACGGCCUCCGGCACGACGUCGUCACCCACAACCUCAGCGGCAUGGGGUGCAGCGCAGGCAUCAUCGCCAUUGACCUCGCCAAACACCUGCUUCAGGUGCACCCGGACACGUACGCGCUGGUGGUGAGCACGGAGAACAUCACGCUCAACGCCUACCUGGGCAACCACCGCCCGAUGCUGGUGACCAACACGCUGUUCCGGAUGGGCGGCGCCGCCGUGCUGCUCUCCAACCGCGCCGCCGACCGCGGUCGGGCCAAGUACCGGCUGGUGCACACGGUGCGGACGCACCGGGGCGGCGCCAGCGACGAGAGCUACGCGUGCGUCACGCAGGAGGAGGACGGCGAGGGCAACGUCGGGGUCUCGCUCUCCAAGAACCUCAUGUCCGUGGCGGGGGACGCGCUGCGCUCCAACAUCACCACGCUGGGCCCGCUGGUCCUCCCCCUCUCGGAGCAGCUCCGGUUCCUGGCCGCCGCGCUGCUCCGCCGCGUCGCCGGCGGGAAGGCGAAGGUGAAGCCCUACGUGCCGGACUUCAAGCUGGCGCUGGAGCACUUCUGCAUCCACGCGGGCGGGCGCGGCGUGCUGGACGAGCUGGAGCGCAGCCUGGGGCUCAGCGCCUGGCACAUGGAGCCGUCCCGGAUGACGCUCUACCGCUUCGGCAACACCUCCAGCAGCUCGCUCUGGUACGAGCUCGCCUACUGCGAGGCCAAGGGCCGGAUCAAGAAGGGGGACCGCGUCUGGCAGAUCGCCUUCGGCUCAGGGUUCAAGUGCAACAGUGCCGUCUGGAAGGCGCUCCGGACGGUGGACGACGCCGGCCGGGAGACCAAUAACCCCUGGGCCGACGACAUCCACGACCUGCCGGUGCACGUGCCCAAGGUGUCGCCCUUCGCUUCUUCCGACCAGCAGGCAGCGUCCACCAACGGGCAGCAUGCCUAG